UGAUGUUUUCUCUGUGUGUGGAUUUCAUUUCCAUUCUGUGUAAUACAAAAGUUGUUGGUGGCCCAAGUGUCUUUCAUUUUACCUAAACACCCUGGGCUAAUAAUGAAUGGAAGUAGUCUAUAAUUUAUACUGUAUACUGCACGCAAAGAACAUGGUGGCAGAAAUGCUAUCUUUUUGGAUGAGUUGACGAGGAAUUUUUAAGUAGAUUUUGAAAGAUGAUGGAGACAGAGACUAUUAAGGCAUAUAGACUAAAGAAAAUAUCAGAAAUAGGCAAAAUGACUGCCUUAACACAAGAUGAAAUAGUGAGCAACACUAAAACUGUUAUACAAGGAUUAGAAACUUUAAAAAAUGAACAUCAUCAAAUUCUUAAUAGCCUUCUUACCUCCAUGAAAACUAUUAAACGUGAAAAUGGUGAUACAAAUUUGGUGGAGGAAAAAACAAAUAUAUUGAAAAAAUCAUCAGAUAUGAUAGAUCUAGGUUUAGGGGAAGCACAGGUAAUGAUGGCUUUAGCCAAUCACUUACAACAUGUAGAAGCAGAAAAACAGAAAUUACGAGCACAGGUUAGGCGAUUAUGUCAAGAAAAUGGUUGGUUACGGGACGAAUUAGCAAAUACACAACAGAAAUUACAAAGUAGUGAACAGAAAUCUGCGGCUUUAGAAGAAGAAAAGAAACAUUUAGAAUUUAUGAAUGAAAUGAAGAAAUAUGAUUCCAUGGAUCCUAAUAUGCAACAAAGUGUGGAAGAAAAAGAAUCUGUUGCUAAUGAUCAAUCAUCACAGUCAUUAGAUUUAGGUUUUCCAGAUGAUGAUGAUGAUGGUCCACAACCAGAAGUUUUAUCUCCAACCCAACCAAGUGCAAUGGCCCAGGCGGCAAGUGGUGGUUAUGAAAUUCCAGCCCGACUACGUACACUUCAUAAUCUAGUCAUCCAGUAUGCGUCACAGGGUCGAUAUGAAGUGGCUGUGCCACUAUGUAAACAGGCAUUAGAAGACUUAGAAAAAACGAGCGGCCACGAUCAUCCAGAUGUGGCUACCAUGUUGAAUAUUUUAGCUCUUGUAUACAGAGACCAGGGAAAAUAUAAAGAAGCGGGUAAUCUUCUUCAUGAUGCUUUAUUAAUACGAGAAAAAACUCUUGGUAAAAGUCAUCCAGCAGUUGCUGCUACGUUGAACAAUCUAGCUGUUUUGUAUGGUAAGAGGGGUAAAUAUAAAGAAGCAGAACCACUGUGUAAAAGAGCUUUGGAGAUCCGAGAAAAGGUUCUUGGGAAAGAUCAUCCUGAUGUUGCUAAGCAACUGAAUAAUUUGGCUUUGUUAUGUCAGAACCAAGGCAAAUAUGAAGAGGUAGAACAAUAUUAUCAGCGAGCUUUAGAGAUCUACGAAUCAAAACUUGGUCCGGAUGAUCCUAAUGUCGCUAAAACUAAAAAUAAUCUGGCGUCUGCCUAUUUAAAACAAGGAAAAUAUAAACAAGCGGAAGGUUUAUAUAAAGAAGUUUUAACAAGAGCACAUGAGAAAGAAUUUGGGAAAGUAGAAGGUGAUAAUAAACCUAUUUGGAUGAGAGCAGAGGAAAGAGAAGAAAAUAAGGGUAAAUAUAAAGAUGGAGCUCCCCCUCCUGAUUAUGGUGGAUGGCAUAAAGCACCAGCUAAAGUAGACAGUCCUACUGUGACCACAACUUUGAAAAAUCUAGGAGCACUGUACAGGAGACAAGGAAAAUAUGAAGCUGCAGAAACUCUUGAAGAAUGUGCCAUGAGGUCAAAGAAGAAUGCUGUGGAUUUAGUGAAAAUGGCCAAACUGACAGACCUAGGAAAUGAUUUUAGAGACCAUUCACCCCGAGAGAGAAAGCGUUCUAGUAGCCGAGACCGGUCACGCAGAGAUUCAAUGGAUAGCGUCUCGUACGAUAAAAAUGAUGGUGAUGACGAAGUGAGUAUCGGUGUCACAUGGUCAGGCGAGGGGACCGGCAAAUUAAGGCGCAGUGGCUCAUUUUCCAAGCUGAGAGCUUCCAUUAAGCGAAGCAGUGCCAAACUGGUUCAGAAAUUAAAAGGAAAGGGUCCAACAGACGAUAAUUCAGGAAGUCUCAACUGGUAUUUAAAAGGAAUGUCACCCCAUCAGCAAAGUAUGAAAAGAGCAAGUUCCAUGUCAGUUCUCAAUAUAAUCAGUAAUAAAGAUGAUAAAUUACAUGAAAGUAGGCGGUCUGUGGGUGAUUUAAGUAUAAGAGGAAGAACAGCAAGUUCUGACCAUUUAGUAGAUCGUCCCUUCUGACCACCACAAAAAUACUUGUUAGAUUGUAUAUGUGUUAAGUGUACAGUACUCAUACAGAUAAUUUGCCUGUUGACGGUGUUACCUCGCUCGCUCUCAUUGGAACGCUUCCGUCUUCAGUGUUCACCCAGCCUCUUUCUGGCUAUUGCUAGUUAACUGUUAUAAAGAGAGGCACUAGGAUUUUCACCUGAUUUAGUGAUAUUUGGGAUAAAGGGAAUAUAUUUGUAGACAAGUUAACAGCUUUCUAGUUGAAUUGAUAUCCUGUGGUCGCUAUUAUAUAUGCUUUCUUUAAACCUGUGGAGAGCAUAAUAUUAGUUAUUAUUACUAUCAUAAAUAUUGCUACUCAAAUGUCCAUAAAAUAUUAAAUGUGUUAUAUGUCUUUAGCCAUAUCAUUAUCAUAUUUAUGUAGUGGAAAUAUUACCAUCAACUACAGAACAGGAAUUAGAUGUGAUAUACGGUCAUGUUAUUAUAAUAAAACAGUAUGGUCUGUAGGGAUAUAUUAUUUCUAGAAGUAUGUACUACAGUUAUUGCAGAGACACUGUCAGUCUUUUUCUAACAAUUUCCUGACAAUUUCUCUAUAUGAUGCAAUUUAUAUUUAUAGUUAAAUCGACUAACAUUUCUGUGAAAUGGCUUAUUAGAAUAUCUAUAAAAAAUAUACCAAACCUAAUGGAACUAGUAGUACCUAUUCCUGUUUGAUGCUGGUACAGAGAUAUUCUGAAUUCUGUCUACUUCAGAAUAUCUAUUUUGGAAUACUUUAUAGAAUCUCUAAGCUUUGGUUUACAGUAUAAUAAAAUGUUCCAUCAAAUUUAAAAAGACAUGUUAGACAGCUCCAAAGGUAUGCACCAAGGCUCUGUCAGUACCCUAAGUUCUCCUUGUAGCGGAUUGAGGUGACUUUUUGACUCAAGCUGUAUUGUUUCCUCUAUUUAUAAUAAUUGAUGAUUGAUAUUAGAAUAACAAAUCUAUCAUUGAUCUCAACUCUUCUCUUUCUUAUUAAACAUGCUUUUAUUCUAAUGAAUUAAUAUAUUAUUAUACAACAUAUUGUAUAGGUGUACAAAGAACUACACUACCAUUAUUUCAGAUUUAUUUUAAAUUUUAUAGUCAAUUGUAUAGAUAAACCUGGGCUUAAGGUACCAUUAUUAUUAAAUUGUACAGAUAUUAGUUACUGCUUGCCUUUAUUUGUAAAUAUGUUGGGCUGUAAUAAUAACGAUGAAGUUGAAGGUACACUUGAAACAUAGACCGUCUGUGUAUCAGCCAGAAGCUUAUUGUUAUCAUAAUUUCUGAUUUAAAUGCUUAUUUAUCCAAAUCCCUGGUGUCUUUUAUUUAGAACUAAUUGUAGCAUGAAAGUGCAUGUAGUCAAUUCUGUCAACAAAAACAUUUAACUUUUAUGUAAUUCUAUUAUAUAACAUGAAAUUUAUUUUGGGUUUUUGUAGGAAAAUUCUUGUUUAUGCUUUGCCCUAUUUUUUUUUUUUAAGUUUUAAAAUACCAUGGUAAGCCAUUCACUUGGGUAUAUGUGUUUGUUAGUAGUAAUAGUGCUUAAAUUCUCGUACAUGUAUAUGACAAGGAUGAGAGUUGAAGCUGUUGGCUAUUGUUAAAAACAAUUAAAAAUAUUAGGGGAACUGUUAACAUCUGUUGUCAUUAUUUUAAUGCACUCAAGUACAGUAUUUUACUUUUUGGGAAUCUACAUUAAUAAUUGGGUUUAUUCUUAAUUUUCACUUCCAUGACAUGUAGGAAACUUGAACUCAUCUAGUUUUAUGUUUUUGCAUAAAUACCUUGAAGAGAGAUAUUCUAAUUGUUGUAUUAGUGAAAUAUUUGUAAAAGGAGAAUUAAAUCUAGAUCAUUAUCUCCUCUCACACUAUAUUAUUUGUACACUUCCUGCUUAUUAUAUCAUUGUGAUUAUUUAUUAUUAAAAUAAUUAUUUCUUAUUAUUUUAAAUCUUUCUUUUGUUUUGUUUUUUGUUUGCAUGCUGCUGUUGCGUUGUGGUGCUCUUUUGUCUUAUUUUGGGGAACCUUGCUGCAAAGAUUUCUGUGUUGUGCUCACUUUUGCAAUAUUCUGUUCUACGAUGAAAUUGUGAAAUCUGUUAGUAUAAUUUCAAAUUAAAACCAAGUCCAGUAACGGUACAUAAUAUUGAGAAGGGGGGUGGGGUGGGGAAUAAUCAGAAUUUGGAGUUGUUUUAACUGGCAUAUAGAUUUAUUGAAUAAGAAUAAUAAAAAAGGUUUCAGGAGGUUAUUUCAUUUGUUGAUCCUGACCUCAGGCGUUAUUAUAUCAAGGAUAAUGAAUACUGGAACGAUUUCUUUAUAUAAUUUAUCAUCUACCCAAUGGAAGAAGGGAAAUUGUACCCCUGUAUUAUUGCAGGGAUCUGUACCUCACAUAUUGUCUUACCUGUUAAUUCCCUCAAUAUAAAAUAUUGAGAGAAGUUUCGUACAGAUUAUUAAUGCCAUUAUUACAUUCAUUCUCUAUCACCUGACAAAAGUCAGCAAUUGACAAGGUCAGAGAGGUGGAUCUACAGAGGUAGAAAUUAUAUUACUCUGCUCACAUCUAGAAAUGAAGAUUUAUGGGAUUUGACUUGAAUGCACCUUUUUCGGAAUGGUUUAUUAAAACUGGAUAUGGGUAAAGGCAAUACAGUAAUCAAAAGUUGGUAGUGAGGUAAUGUGAUCUAGACUGACAGUGUCUUGACAUCAUGAAUAAUCACAUUUAUGUAAAAAAAAAAAAUUAUUUGCACAUUUAAAGCACUAGUUGUACAAAAAGAAUAUGGAUGAUAAAAAAAUACCAAGCAUUUUAAUAAUGAUCUUUAAUAAUAAUAAAAAAAAUAACACCUGUAUAUAUUUUUCUUGAGAAUUUUUCUGUUGUGAUAUGUGCAUUUUAAGAAAUCUAUGGGUAAAAGAUUAAAAUUCUUGGCCCUGAGAUUAACAUAUUUUAAAGGAUUAAAUUCUUACUUUGCCCCAGAUAAAUUUUUAUUAAGGAAACUGAAGAAGACGGAAGUAUAAAUGGAAGACAGUAACAAUGUUAUAUCUACAUGUAUCUAUCUUUUAGUAUAUAUCUAUGAUAGAGCUGUAUAUAUAUUUUGCUGUAAAUGGUUUUAAUUAAUCACAUUGUAAUAUAUUCAUGGUUAUGAUAUUGUUAUAAUUGUUUCAUAUAUUGAUUAUGAACAUUUCCUAUAUAAUGUGGUGAUAAUAACUAGUCAUGCUUUAUAAACUCCUUGAUAAUAAUCGCUUUUAAUAUUUUCAUCACUCUAUCCAAAAAUUUCCCUUUUCAUCAUAAUUAAAAUGUACAAGAUUUUAAGAAAAUAUUUUUGAGCUUGAAAUUCUUCCACAAAGCUAUCAGACAUGUUUGAAUAAAAUUUGACUCUGCAGUUGAUUGAAUGAAUUUGAAUUUUUAUUGAUUAAAGUCCUUAUAAAAGAAUCCAUGUGUGAAUUAUUAUGCCAUUAUGAAAAGGGAAAUAUUAAAUUAAAGAUUUAGAUAAACCCCCCAAAAUGCUACAUUGUAAAUAAUUUAUGGACAUGGUAAAAUUUAAAAAGUAAUGAAACUAUCUGAGCCGUGGGUAAUAUCAUCUGUAGACUACAGGAUAGACAUGACCAAUAUGUGCAAUUGGUUGACAAAGCCUUGUACCGGUAUUGGGAAUUUUUUUUAGUAAACUUUCAAAUAUUUGUAUGACUAUUUUAUGCACACUGGAUGUAUUUUGUAGAUACCUACUACCUAGAUACCUUGGCCCGCCCCCAAAUCUUCCAAAUCUUUACGUUAUGGAUUACAUUUAAUGUACUUUCCCUGCCUCCACCCAACCCAACUUACCAUGUCCUUAAAUACAGAAUGGUCUCGGUUUUGAUAUGGAGAAAAGUAAUUUUACAUAUUUAUUGUUUUAAAAAAGGUAUUCUUAAAUACAAGCAAAUCUUUAUUCUGAAUGACUUAAAUACCAUUUUAAAUCCAUUCUGACAAAAAUAUCCAUGUAUUUCAUACCAGUUGGUUGUGCAUGUAUUCUAAAUUAUUUAAAUAACUGAUCUGUAGAAUUUUAAAACCUGAUAAUAAAACAGUUUUUCAUGCUUA